AUGUCACCUAAACAAGAUGGUGUUGUUGAAUUAACAAAGGAUUUAAAAGGCAUAAAUCUGCGUGACGCACCUAACGCAGUGAAAGAGCACCAAAAGAAAUCAUCCAAAUGGAGCACAAUUUCUGCCCCGUCUUCAACAAGGCCGUCUUCACAACAAGGAAAUGACCAUCUAGAAGGAAGCCCUAAAUCCACACGUAUCCCAUAUACUUCGUUUUUGCAUACGAGUAUACGCAGUUUUCCUACAAAAUCACCAGCAGAUAUAUUUUAUGAAAGUAAAGAAGUGGCUUUGUUCACCGACAGCCAGUUGUAUGCCGCUACACGCAAAGACGUUGUACCCAAUUUGAAAAAGGACAUUUCUCACCUAUAUGAAAGUCCGCUUCUUGAGGCAAGGAAGCUGAAGACCCCGUAUUUGGGCCAUGAUUUAUUUUCCAAUAUCGCGGAGCUUGUCCCCAUGACGAUAUCCGAAUUAGAUAGUGUAGCACCAUGUAUCUCAUAUAUUGAGGAUUGGAGGCUAAAUAAUCCUGGUAAACCCUUCAAAAUAGGUAAAAAAUUUACCGUCGUUACCACAAGGCACCAUAUCGUGGAUCUAACCAUGCAUCCUUUUGAUAGACGAAAUAAACAUAAGUCAUUAAUUGCUACAUAUAUGGGGAAUGGUUUUAUUUCACUUUCUAGAAACCCUAAAUACGAUCAUCAGAUAUCCAAGGAGGGCAUUUAUUCAGGCGAUCCAAAUAUCAAAAAAAUUUGCUAUUCAGGAUUUGAACUUGAGAAUUGUUUGACUGAAAAUACCAAGAACUCUCGUUCUAGCGCUUCAAAAUGUCCUGUCUUUUCUAUUGUGGAGAGCAAACUUUCAGAGGAUAUUGGUCUAUUAAUGCGUUGUGAGAUGGAUGCAUUCAACCCUGUUUCGAAAACAAAUACGGAACUAAAAUGUUUUGGCCCAUUAUCAAUGCAAAAUUCUAACCAUAGGAAAAAACUCCUGAAAACUUGGAUACAAACAGGUUUAUUACCAAACUCAGAUAUUAUGAUAGGUUUGAGGGACAGUUACAGCGGCCAACUACUGGACAUUCAAUGGUGCUCAAGGGAAUCACUAUUCAGAAAAAUCAAUCAUCCAGGUUUACCUUUGAAUAAAAAAGAAAUGAAUUAUAACGCCAAAGUUGCGGUGGAAUGGUGCAACCAUUGUAUCAAAUCGACUUGUGAUUUGGUAGAGGCAAAUAUUUCCCAUUACAACUGUGAUAAACCGGAAUCUUUCGAGAUCAAUAUUGAUGCAAACGGCACUAUCAUUAUUACUAAACUUAUUACCAUUCCAAGGAAUGUGGAAAUAUUCAAGACUUAA